AUGAAUUUACGGACAUCAAAACGAGUGAAAAUAGUAUUCUUAACUUUAUUAGUAAUAUUAACAUUAUAUACAAUUAUUCAAUUACCUAUAUUUCAAUCACAAAAAUAUAAUAUAGAAUAUAUAUCACCUACCAAAAGUCAUAUAUGUAAUCAAUUAAUAAAAAAUGACAAUUGUCUUCCAUUAUUUAGAAAUUUUGAUACUAAAUACAGAAUAUCACCAUUUCAUAACUUAAUUUAUUGUGUUAUUGAAAAAAAUUUAUCAACUCUUUUUGUUGCUAUAGUAUGUCUUUUAUUUGAUAAAAAGAAAUUUAUGGCAUCUGGUUUAUCUGUAACGGAUAAUUUAUAUGAAAAAAGAAUAUGUAAAGGACUCAAUGAAUAUAAAAGUAUUUCAUCUGUUGCAUCAAAUUAUAAUAUACAAAAAUUUCAUUUUCUUCUAGUAUCAAGAGAUCCAAUUGAAAGAUUUGUAUCAGGAUUUGUUGAUAAAUGUAUUUUAGAAACAAAAAGAGACAACCAAGUUAAUAAUAAAUGUUAUGGAUGUCAUGAUAAUGUUACUUGUGUUGUUGAAGAAUUAGCUGAAAGAGCAAAAAUUUUUGCAGCUAAUGGUGGUGAAUUUUCUUAUGAAGAUAUACACUUAUUUCCACAAAACUGGCAUUGUAAUUUAAAAGAAAAUUUUGAAAAAUAUCAUGUCAUUCAAUAUAAUGAAGAUGAUUCAGUUCUUAUAAGACAAAUAUUGGAUCUUUUUAGUGAAAUUGGUGUUGAUAUGGAUAUUGUUCAUAAAGUUAUUUAUGAUUUGAGAUAUGAAAAAAAGACACCUCAUACAACACGUGGAACACCGGAAAGAAGCAAAGUUUUAAAAGAAAUUUAUUCAAAUAAACAGUUAUUAAAAAAAAUUGUUUCAUUAUUUUAUUAUGAUUAUGUUUUAUUUGGUUAUCAAAUACCUGAUAUUGAAAAAUUUUAA